AUGUCGAAAGCAGGCGGUAAAGGAGGCGCCAAAGCAGCCGUCGCUACAGUCGUCAAACUAUUAGUGCCAGCAGGGAGUGCUUCUGCGCAGCCGCCCGUGGGUCCUGCGCUGGGUGCAAAGGGUGUCAAAGCCAUUGACUUUGCGAAGGAGUUUAACGCGCGCACAGUCGAUCUAGAGCCUGGUUUGUUGACGCCGACGGUCGUCACGAUCCAGCCAGACCGUACAUUUUCAUUUCGCACGUUGACGCCACCGACAUCGCUGCUCUUGAAGCGUGCUGCCAACAUCACUACAGGUGCGCGAAAACCAGGUGCGGAAGUCACUGGUACCAUCAGUAUUAAACACGUGUAUGAGAUUGCCAAGAUCAAAAUGAAAGAUGUGCACAUUACGGAAAAAGAAAUGUGUAAGGUUGUUGCUGGUAGCGCACGGAGUCUGGGAAUCAAGAUUGUUCGGUAG